AUGAGUACAAGGAAAGUUUUAAAGAUGGUCGAUAAAGAGACAAAUUAAAGAUUGAAAGACGAACUUGAACUCCAAAAAAAAAUCAAAGAGGAUAAGAGACUCUAAGAAAAAAUGGAAAGAGAUGCUUAGAGAUAGGAAGAAAAACUAUUAAGAGAUCAAUAACGAUAAAUGGAAAAAGAAAAAAGACAAGAGGAAUGA